AUGUUUAUAAUAACUCAAUUGGAUGUUAGCUGUUGUAAAAAGAACGUAGGUCCAUGCCCAAAUGGUCAAACUCCACUUGAAGGUUAUUAUUGUGGUCGUAGUACUACUCGACAAGAUUGUCCAACAACUCAUGAAUGUAUCAUUGGUCCAAAUGAUGCUUAUGCUGUUUGUUGUUCUCUUUCUAAAACAGUUGCGCCAACAAAUACGCAACCAACCGAAGAAGCCGGUUCAUGUUUAACAUAA